CGGGCUGAACCGAGACACCCACCGAGAUACAGCUAUGAAAGGGCCUAUGAUCCCCUUAUCUUGGGUCUCGUCCAGAACCUAAUCAUUGGUUAUCUAUCAUUGCUCUAAAGUCUUUAAGCAAUACCCUUAUCCGCGACCCUUCACAAUGUCAGAUCCUCCAUCUCGCAUCCGCUCUAUUCUCAACCAUCUCCGCCCUCAUCCCACGGCGCCUGUCAACUUCCACACUCUAUCACCAACUACAUUUCUUGAGCGUGCUGCUUCCAUUGAACCAGAUGCGGAAGCCAUCUUCCAUAUUACAGUGAAUGGUGCUGUGCUAAGGCGCUCCUACGCUGAGUUUGCUGAUCGUGCCCGAGGUCUUGCUUACUACUUCCUGAAGCAUGGCUACCGACGCGUAGGCAUACUCGCACCCAACACGCCAGCUUUUCUGGAGUCUAUAUACGGCAUUGUUGCGGCGGGUGCUGUCAUCGUGCCAGCGAAUUACCGCCUGAAGCAGGAUGACAUUGCCUAUAUCUUUGACUUUGCAGAGGUGGACUGCAUUAUUGUUGAUAAUGAGUUUGUUGGCUUGCUCGAUGCCUAUAAGGAGAAACACCAGAGUGUGCCCUUGAUCGUUGAUAUGGUUGAUACACCCCCUUGCGCGCAUGUGCAUUCUUGUCUCGAAGUUGUUGCUAACCUUGCCCCUCAGGAUACUGAUGCAACUGAAGGACAACUAUCUGGUCCUUUUGACGAAGCCGUCUUGGAGGGAUUAAAGCAUGACAUUGAUCAAGGUAGUCAUGGCUGGGCUGGCCUUCAUGCUCAGGCACGAAGUGAGGACGAUAUGCUUGCCAUCCCUUUCACCUCUGGAACAACAUCACGUCCCAAGGGCGUUGUAUACACGCAUCGAGGUGCCUAUCUUGCUUCUCUGGCCAAUAUUAUUGAGUCGGGCCUCAACAUUGGACGAUGCAAGUACCUGUGGACGCUUCCCAUGUUCCACGCGAUUGGAUGGACGUUUCCUUGGUCAGUCGUCGCUGUUCGCGGCACAAAUGUUUGCUUGAGAAAGAUUGACUACCCUCUUAUUUGGAAACUGCUAAAGGAAGAGGACAUCACUCACUUUAACGCCGCUCCUACAGUCAACACACUGCUAGUAGCGGCCAAGGAAGCUGAAAGGCUACCGCAAGAGGUCAAGGUUACUGUAGCCGCUAGUCCACCCACUGGAUACCUGUUUGAGCAAAUGACUAAGCUUAAUCUCAUGCCCGUCCAUGUUUAUGGGAUGACAGAAACAUACGGACCUAUUACGAAAUGCUACAUUCUUCCUGAAUGGGAUAAUCUACCUCCCCAAGAAAAGUUUGCCAAGAUGUCCCGGCAAGGCCAUGGCUUCAUCACAAGUCAGCCUAUCCGGGUUAUCAAGCCAGACCAACCACAAGGCGUGCUUCUUGACGUCGCCAGGGACGGUAACGAGGUUGGUGAGAUUGUUUUCACCGGAAACAUUUGCGCCAAAGGAUAUUACAAGGAUCCUGAAGCUACACGGCAGCUCUUUGCUGGGGGCGUACUUCACUCUGGAGACCUAGCAGUAUGGCAUCCUGAUGGUAGCGCUCAGAUUCAGGAUCGUGCGAAGGACAUCAUCAUUUCUGGGGGUGAGAACAUAUCAUCUGUUGCUCUCGAGAGCAUGCUCGCCCAGCACCCAGACAUCCUCGAAGCUGGCGCUGUAGCUGUCCCGGACUCACACUGGGGUGAACGACCCAAGGUGUACAUCACAGUCAAGGAUGGCAAGACUGUAAAAGGAGAAGAGGUCAUCUCGUGGGCAAAGCAUCAGAGUGAUAUUAGCAAGUUCAUGGUUCCUAGAGAAGUCGAGGUUGUAGAUGAGCUCCCCAAGACCAGCACAGGCAAAAUCAAGAAGAACGUACUUAGGGAGUGGGCCAAGCAUGGAAGGGAAUAG